AUGUUGAAUCGAAUAAUAUCAACCGCCCCACAUGAGCAUGGAGAAGAACACAUAUCUUUUUCGAAACAUGAACAACAACAUGUUAAUAAUUCACUUCAAAACUAUUCGAAACUUGUAUCCAACUCAAAUCAUGGACACACUUCCAGCCACAACCUUUCGAAUAACUUUGAACAUCAAAGAAGCAUUGUCGUGCUUCCUCCACCAACCACUUCACCUCUCACUUCUACCAUUACAACAAUCGUCUCUAGUCCACAUGUAAAGUAUCAUCAACAAGUGGAUGUUUCGAAUAAUUUAAACCAAUUUAACAAGCAUGGAAGUUGUUUACAUUCAUCACAUGUGAAUGCUCAUCAUUCAAAUGUUUCAUCACCAACAAAUUCUCAUCCACAAGGAAUCAAAGCAGUAGCAGUUGCUUCCACAAGUGGUAAUCACAAUAUUUCUAAUAUUGUAAACUUUCCAAUAACGAACAAGGGUGUCAAUGAUUCGAAAUCUAAAGAUAAUCAAACAUUUAUUGUGGAUUACAUGUUUAAAGAAACAGCAGGAAUUAAAAAAUCGAAAAAGAUAAAGAGAAAGUAUGAAUUUAAACGAAAGGAAGGAACAGUUUCGAAUGAGGUGGAGAAACCAACGCAAACAAAAGUUUCGUAUGUGAUUAUGGAUGAUGAGGAAUUGGAUGCAUGUGAAUCGAUGAAUGAAUUAUUAGAAAAACACUUUUCUGAGGGUGAAACUUGUUUUAAUUAUUCGAAAGAUCAAAGAGUUUCAAUUGUUCAAAUAGAUUCUAAUGUCAAAUUUACUAGAAAGAGAACAGUUGAGAAUAUUACCACAGAUGAGAUGAUUAGAAUUUUGCAUUUAACUCAACAACAAGCAUGUACCUUAUUAGGAUGCAGUUUAUCGACCAUUAAGAGAAAGUUUUAUUCUAUUCGAAACGAAUUAGGUAUUGACAAGUGGCCACAUAAUUAUUUGGAAUAUCGACACUAUUCAUUCUUUGAUGAUUUCUAUCCAAUGUCUAUGAAGUUUAUUCUCAAUGAUAAGGAUCAACAUGCCGCAUGCAACAAUGAGAAUGAAUCGAAUAACAGCUAA